GGGGACAGUCCAUGGCGGGGCGUUCAACUUCUUUUGACUCAAGGCCGCCCAGAGCUAUCUCGUCUGCGCUCUUUUCGUCUUCACACCCUUUUGUAUCUUUUUUGGUUAGAUUCUACUCUUCUUACCAAUAAAGAAUUUAUAGGUUCACAAUGACUUCACAAUUAUCCGUAAAGAAGUGCGGCGUUCUCGGCUGCACUGGCUCCGUCGGCCAGCGCUUCAUCCUGCUCCUUGACCAGCACCCGUGCCUCAAACUCCACGCCAUUGGUGCCUCGUCUAGAUCCGCAGGCAAGAAGUACAAGGAUGCUGUUCGCUGGAAGCAAGCCUCGCCCAUGGGCGCCGUAGCCGACAUGGUCGUCCGCGAGUGCAAGGCCUCUGAGUUUGCAGACUGCGAUGUCGUCUUCAGCGGCCUUGACUCAGAUGUCGCUGGUGAUAUCGAAAUGGAAUUCCUCAAGGCCGAAAUCCCCGUCUUCUCCAACGCCAAAAACUACCGCCGCGAUCCCCUCGUCCCCCUCGUCGUCCCCACUGUCAACCUCCCCCAUCUCGACCUCAUUCCUCACCAGCGAUCCGUGUAUAACCUCAAGAAAGGCUUCCUUGUCUGCAACUCCAACUGCGCCGUCAUCGGUCUUGUCAUUCCUUUCGCUGCCCUCCAGGCCGCCUUCGGACCCAUUGAUACUGUUAGUAUCGUCACCAUGCAGGCCGUUUCUGGCGCGGGCUACCCCGGCGUCAGUUCCAUGGACAUUAUCGACAAUGUUGUUCCUUUCAUCUCUGGAGAGGAGGAUAAGCUCGAGACCGAGGCUCGCAAGAUUCUCGGCCGCUUGGACGACUCUCGUACCGCAUUCACCGAGCAGAGCGACCUCGUCGUCUCAGCCGCCUGCAACCGUGUUCCUGUCCUCGACGGUCACGUUGCUUGCGUCAGCUUAAAGUUCAAGAUGCAGCCUCCUCCUUCACCUGAGCAGUGCAAGGAGGUCCUGCGUUCAUACACCAGUGAGGCACAGACACUCGGCUGCCCGUCAGCACCCAACCCGCCCAUCAAGGUGUUCGACGAGGACGACAGACCACAGCCCAGACUCGACCGCGACUUAGGCCGUGGCUACACUGUUAGUGUUGGUCGUGUUCGCAAGGAUGACAGCGGCUUGUUCGAUCUCAAGUUUGUUGCUCUCAGCCACAACACUGUCAUUGGUGCUGCUGGCUCUUCUAUCCUAAACGCAGAGGCUGCCAUUGUCAAGGGUUACAUCUAAAAAAGCACAAUACAAUUCCAGGCCCAGUCCUAAAAGUUGACAAAUUCCAUGAUACCAGAACUACAACAAUUGACGAAAAAAGAAAUACUCCAAAAAUUAAGCGCAAUGAUCGGAUUCAUUAGUGUGCAUGUACAUAACGCUCGCUUGCUAAAUACAAAAUGAAACUUGUAAAGAAUCCCGUAUAAACCGUUCAAAACUGUCCAAGAUAAGCCAUUAAGACGGAUUGGUCCUAUCGUCGUCGCGUAGGCGAUAGUGACCUCGACGCUACGCGCUGUCUAGUGCUCAGGGUAUUGGACACAAUACUAAGCCAUUCCUCAACAGAAGUCGGAACUCGACUCUGAGCCGAAGGGUUCGCCGUACCCUGUUCAAGAUCACCGUCGGCUGCAUUCUGAGGGCUACGGGUGUUCGGUGCCUCAUCAUCGCUAGGGUCAUCGCUGUCCUCAUGGUAUGGCUCAUAGCGCGGGCCAGCUUGCGAGCCAUAUCGCAGAGAUCGAACUACAUCACCCUUGCAAAUUGGGCAAGUACGGCGCCUGGUUGUAAGCCAUGGUGUGCUGUCGUCUUGUUUAGUAUAUGCCGUCGACAACAAUACAAUUCAAUACUUACAUGCAAUCGACGUGAAAUUCAUGGCCACAAGGCAGACUCAUGACCCUACUGACUCCAUCGACAUACUCCUCCAGACAUACAACACAUUCUACUUGGCGGCCCAUAUAUUUUCUCCAUUCAGCAGAGAAGCCACCAGCUCCGGGUUCGUUCUCGGGCUUAGAUCGGCCGCGUGAUUGUCUACUUGAGCUAGGAAUCAAGAGAGAGUCACUUUCGGGCACACCUGUCGUCGUUCGAGAUCGCGGACGAGAACUCGAGUGGUGUCGCUGCAAGAGGGGUGUGGUUGGGGUUGGAGUGGCUCCCGAUGGCGAUGGAUUUCUCGAAUUUAAGCUGGAAGAAAUUGCGACAGUGCGGAACGUGCGAACGGGGAGUCUUUCCACAACUGACUUUGGAGCUCGCCAUCGGCGACGUCUGAUACGCGCUCGCAGAAUCAGCAAAGCAUAGACAACGCUCAAAGUUACUAGUGGGCUGACAACGAGCACCAAGAGGGUAUCAAAGAAUGGGCUUGCUCCGCUUGUCGGUGUAAUAGUAACCCAGAGCCCUUCAUGUGAUGUUGGUGCAGGCUCAUGUGGUAUAUCAAGGUCGUUGUCGUCAUCGUCGUCGUCAUCGUCAUCCGGGCUUUUGCCAAACAACUUCCUCAUAAUGCCAGCCUCUUUUUGAUGCAAAUCUGUAGAAACGGAGGAGCUAACCCCUUUGCUAGUCGCUGAUUGUCCAUUAGCCUUGGCGCUUUUAGGCUGCUCGCGCAGGUCAGGAUCUCGCCAGUCGUCCACGCCAAUAACAAAGCCAUCAUCAACCACUGGUGUUGCGUUUUGCUUUGUCUUCUUAUUAGUGUUCUUUUCAGCAACUUUGUCACUCAGCUGGCGAUCUUUCCGAGGAUCCCAAUCUUUACCAACAGUCUGGUCUGGUCGCUUCUUUGCCACGGUGCCUGUUUUAACACUACCUCUACCGAGUAUAGUGGAUAUCCAGCCAUCUCGCUUACUGCGAACCUUUGGUAAAGCCUUGGCACUAGCAAUAGGGGUCUCAUGUGGUGUAGGCUUCGUCGUUUUCCCAGACUUAUGCAUGUUCAGCGUAGGCUUGCCACGAGGAUUCGCGUCGUGCUUCCCCAGAGACCCAGGCUGCGUGAGUGACGAUAGGAGCUGAGCGGUGGUGCGAGCCGUGAAAACUGAAGGAAUUACCACGCCUUCUGCAUCUUCACUUGUAGCAUACAUCUGUAUCAGCGGGCCGCCACGGGUAUUGUCUCCAACAAUAACUGCGAUAGCUCCGCGACGCUGAGCCCAAAGAACCUUCUCCAAGAAUCCACAUCCACCACGCAUCAACAGAGCAAUCUUGCCCUCUAUCUCGGCAGCUUCUUGAAUACUUUGUAUAUCUGCGUGUGCAGGGGAUGGAUCCUUGUGUGUGGUUUCGCUCUUGCUUGGUGUGUCAGAAGAUACAAUAAAAGCCAACCCACGUCGAGCUCUAGCCGACUUUUUCUUGGAGCUAGAGCUGCCUACUUCUGCAACCUCAUUGCUCUUUUCUGUAGACGCUACACUGCCUUUAGCAACCGGGGUCGUCGAGGUUGCCAUGCCUCCGUCCCAUCCAGGGAUAUCACUGCAGCCUAGCUCUCCAUUGCCGUCGACACUAUCCUCAGCGAAGCCGCUGCCAACCCAGAGAGGGCCGCUCAGGCCGGUGCUAGCCAGUGAUGGCCCAAAUGCUGCCGGGCGUGCUGCAAACGAAGUGCUAUUGUCUUCGGUCAAGCUAAUAGCUGCAUUUGGGGGGAAGAGAGAGAAAGGUGUAUUAUAGUAUAGGAAACCGAAAAAUGACUGACGGCCGCUGGGGUAGCGGCUGGGGUAUCUCGAAGGAGUGGUGCUUUGAGUAGAAAGCCCUCGUAUAAGAACAAAGAAUGUUGCGGUUAGGAAGAGGAUAAGAAUCAAUAUUCGUGUUGUUCGCAUGAUGUCGGCUAUGGACGGCGUCGAGUGCACGCUAGUGCCUCUUCAACCAUCGAAGGAUGUCGGCUCGAUGCUAAUAUAAUUUCUUCGAUUCAAACUUCGCCGGCUGCUUCUGCUUAUGUGUCUAAAGGCAGCAUAUGCAAUGCAAGGGCAAACUCGAUGUUGCUGUGUUUCGCACAAGGAUGCGGCAGUUGGGUGCGGGAGAGUCGGGUCGAAAUGUGCGAGUUGGUCGCGUUUGUCAACGUAACGCUGGGAAAAGAUAAAUGCCUGACGCAGAAUGAUACAGAGUUUCAAAAAUAAACUGUAAGCGAGGUCAAAUACAGAGCGGUAAAGGCAGCAAUCGAGGGCGGCGGCGACGAAAAGAAAAAUCAG